GGCUGGCUAGUGGCUCGUGGAGCUGUCUACAGGAAGACAGUGUGGUGUGUUAUAGUUGUGUAUGGUGCUCUGUGUUGGGAGGGAGAAGUAAAGGGGAGGAGAGGCAGAGGCAGUACACCAGAUGAGAGGAGAGAGGACACCCACCGUCCCCGUCAGCACCCCUCUCUGACCAUCAAUCACCCAGGCCAUUGUGGUCCUGUCCAGGGUAGCCUACAGCGCAGCCACCCAGCCCAGCCACCCAGCCAGGCAGGCAGAAGAGAGGAGGGGAGAGAGGGGGCAAGGAGCUGUAGCCUGCAGGGAGAAAGGAAGGGGGGAAACAAUGGCAGCCAGGGAACGGCCUUCUUCGUGUCCCCCUCCCCAGCCGGCGCUGCUGGGAUUGGGGGCAGCGCUGCUCUCCUUCUGCAUCUCCACUGUAUUCUCCCAGGUCCCAGACCCAGAGGUAAGAACGUGUUCGUUCAUACACAUCUCUGUCCACAGAUUGAGGCUCAUCAUCGGGUUACUGCUUACAGAGGUGUGGGUGUCCGUCACACUCGCUCCCUCCACUGUUUAUAGGCUGGUUGCUUGUUUUCAUGUGAUUAAUGAAUGGGGCUUGUUCGCUAUAGAGCUAUAGUGUUGGGCGGCCCCUUAGACAAUAGUCAAUAUACAUGUGUCGUAACAGAAUACUUUGUAAUGGCGUUCUUCCUAGAGUAGCAUGGCGAAGACGGGUUGUUACAGCAUGCACAGAUGUAGUGAUCACCAUAUGCCGCCAUUUGUAUUUUCUAAAACUGGGAGUGAUGCCGUUAGCGCCGGAAUCAGAAAUGAAAUACUGUGGCAGGCAGUUGAGAGCACCACCGCAGAAUAUAGAAGGGAGCUAAUGCAUUGUUUUGAAAUGUGAGACUUCAUGUUAUACCGCAUACAGGGUGUUGUACAAUACAAGCAACACAAUUCCAUGCUAGAUCAGAGAAUAAACAUGAAAGUUCUAGAAAAGUCUGUCUUGAAAUAAUGACAACACAUGCACUGUUAUCGCUGAUGGAUACGCAGACUGUUGAUAGUGUGAAUAAUCACCAGCAGCGUCAGCAGCAUUUGUAGUUUGUGGGCGUUAAGUGAUGAGAUCCUCCAAUGAGGCAGAGUAGCUUUAAUAUUCAUGUAGAUCCCUGUUUUUGCUUCAAUAGACAAACAAAUCAAAUCAAAUCAUAUUGUAUUUGUCACAUGCGCCAAAUACAACAGGUGUAGACCUUACAGUGAAAUGCUUACUUACAAGCCCUUAACCAACAAUGCAGUUUUAAGAAAGAAUACCAAAAGAAAUCACACAAAAAAUACAAUAUAAAAUAAUACGAAAUAAAAGUAACAAAUAAUUAAAUAGCUGCAGUAAAAAUAACAAUAGCGAGGCUAUAUACAGGGGGUACCGAAACCGAGUCAAUGUGCGGGGGCACCGGUUAGUCGAGGUAAUUGGGGUAAAAUGUACAUGUAGGUAGAGUUAUUAAAGUGACUAUGCAUAGAUAAUAAACAGAGAAUAGCAGCAGCGUAAAAGAGGGGUGGGGGGGCAAUGCAAAUAGUCUGGGUAGCCAUUUGAUUAGAUGUUCAGGAGUCUUAUGGCUUGGGGGUAGAAGCUGUUUAGAAGCCUCUUGGACCUAGACUUGGUGCUCCGGUACCGCUUGCCGUGCGGUAGCAGAGAGAACAGUCUAUGACUAGGGUGGCUGGAGUUUUUGACAAUUUUUAGGGCCUUCCUCUGACACCGCCUGGUAUAGAGGUCCUGGAUGGCAGGAAGCUUGGCCCCAGUGAUGUACUGGGCCGUACGCACUACCCUCUAUAGUGCCUUGCGGUCGGAGGCCGAGCAGUUGCCAUACCAGGCAGUGAUGCAACUAGUCAGGAUGCUCUCGAUGGUGCAACUCUAUAACUUUUUGAGUAUCUGAGGACCCAUGCCAAAUCUUUUCAAUCUCCUGAGGGGGAAUAGGCUUUGUCGUGCCCUCUUCAUGACUGUCUUGGUGUGUUUGGACCAUGAUAGUUUGUUGGUGAUGUGGACACCAAGGAACUUGAAGCUCUCUACAGCCCCGUCGAUGAGAAUGGGGGUGUGCUCGGUCCUCUUCUUUUUCCUGUAGUCCACAAUCAUCUCCUUUGUCUUGAUCACGUUGAGGGAGAGGUUGUUGACCUGGCACCACACGGCCAGGUCUCUGACCUCCUCCCUAUAGGCUGUCUCGUCGUUGUCAGUGAUCAGGCCUACCACUGUUGUGUCAUCGGCAAACUUAAUGAUGGUGUUGGAGUCGUGCCUGGCCAUGCAGUCCUGAGUGAACAGGGAGUACAGGAGGGGACUGAGCACGCACCCCUGAGGGGCCCCCGUGUUGAGGAUCAGCGUGGCAGAUGUGUUGUUACCUACCCUUACCACCUGGGGGCAGCCCGUCAGGAAGUCCAGGAUCCAGUUGUAGAGGGAGGUGUUUAGUCCCAGGGUCCUUAGCUUAGUGAUGAGCUUUGAGGGCACUAUGGUGUUGAACGCUGAGCUGUAGUCAAUGAAUAGCAUUCUCACAUAGGUAUUCCUUUUGUCCAGGUGUGAAAGGGCACUGUGGAGUGCAAUAGAGAUUGCAUCAUCUGUGGAUCUGUUGGGGCGAUAUGCAAAUUGGAGUGGGUCUAGGGUUGAUGUGAACCAUGACCAGCCUUUCAAAGCACUUCAUGGCUACAGAUGUGAGUGCUACGGGUCGGUAGUCAUUUAGGCAGGUUACCUUAGUGUUCUUGUGCACAGGGACUAUGGUGGUCUGCUUGAAACAUGUUGGUAUUACAGACUCAGACAGGGAGAGCGUUGAAAAUGUCAGUGAAGACACUUGCCAGUUGGUCAGCGCAUGCUCGGAGUACACGUCCUGUUAAUCCGUCUGGCCCUGCGGCCUUGUGAAUGUUGACCUGUUUAAAGGUCUUAUAGAAGUAAUUUAGCUCGUCUGGUAGGCUCGUGUCACUUGGCAGCUCACAGCUGUGCUUCCCCAAAACUCCAGAGUUCUCUCAUAGUUUUCCCAAGGUGGUCAGCUCCAUAUAUUUGUAUUUAUCAGUCUCUGAUAUUCAGAUGUCGAUUUCAGAAGAUUUCGGCAGAGACUUUAAUAGAGAAUAGGUGACAGAUCCAGUAGGAAAAGCUGAUUCAUUGAUUGUAAUGAAAUUGGAAAUUAGUGAACAAGGUCAAUCAUAACCCACUGGGCACAGAUGUCAUUUCAACGUCUAGUUUUGAUUUACAUUUGGUUGAGUUGUCAACUAACGUGAAUUCAACGUGAAAUCAACAAAAAAUGUCACCAUGUCAUUGGAUUUAGGUUAAAAGUUGGGUGAAAAAAAUAGGAAAUUCCCUUACGUUAAUAACUUUUUUCAAAUCCAAUCAGUUUUCCAUGUUGAUUCAAUGUUUUGUUCUUAAUGUUUUGUAUACUCAGUGUAUCUUCAUUCACUUAGGAGGUAGAUUUCAUUAUGUUCCGAGAGGGAGUUAAGUAAUGGGAAAUCUUAAAGGAGAUGUUUUAUCAUUUAGAUAAUAACAGAGAAAGAGAAACAGCAUGCACAUGACACCUCUCCCGAAUUAUUUGAAUUAUAAUACCCAUGUGAUGUAUACUCGCUUGAAAAACGACAUCAGGUUCGGUUAAAAUAUUAUCUUAGAAAAAAGGGUUCUUUGCGGAGGGAUAGGGUUAUUCUACCAAGAACCGUUUUGAUCAGAAUAACCCUUUUUGGGUUCUUUGUAAGGCAAAGGGUUCUACCUAAAACCUUUUAACAUCAUAAGAACUGUUUUUUGAAGAAAGGGUUCUUUGAUGAUUCUUUGGAAGGCAAGAAUGAUUAUUUGGAAGGCAAGAAGGGUUCUACAUAUUUACAUUUUAGUCAUUUAGCAGACGCUCUUAUCCAGAGGAACUUACAGGAGCAAUUAGGGUUAAGUGCCUUGCUCAAGGGCACAUCGACAGUUUUUUCACCUAGUCAGCUUGGGGAUUAGAACCAGCGACCUUUCGGUUACUGGCACAACGCCCUUAACCACUAAGCUACCUGCCGCCACAUAGAACCAUACAUAAUAUUUCCCAGCAUGCUCUAUUGCAGGGAAAUUUUCAGAAUUGUUUGUUUUACUGUAAUAUCUGUGUUUUUGCAUGUACAUUGAUUGAUUAAUUGUAUAAUUGAAUCUGUUAGUAAUUGGAUUUAUUGCACCAGCUACUGAGAUGGUUGUUCCAGUUUAGAUGAUUGAGGUAGUCUCAGUAUUUAAUCUUCCCUACCCUGGCAGUCAUUCUGAAUGCGGGUUGCGGGUGAGUAACAUUUCCACUUGUUGGAUAUCCUAACUCUGGCUGGAUUCCAAUAGGAAUUACACAUCACUUUAUAAACCAGCAUAAUGUGACUUGCAGGCCUGAUGUGGCCUGUAAACCAGGAGAUUCCUAACACCACUGUGUUAGGGUAUAACUAGGCCCUCAAAGAAAGGCCUUAUGAUAUACAGUUUGUAAUGUAUUGUCAUAACUAAUUAAAUAUUUAAGGCCAAUAAGGCAGGUGGAACCGUUCAUAGAGGAUUCUAGGAAGAACCCUCCUAAGAUAAAAGGGUUCUCGGUAGAGUGUUCUAGGCAGAACCCUUCAUAGAGGGUUCUAGGUAGAACCAUAUACAGGCGGUUCUUUUAAGAACCCUACAUAGAGGGUUCUAGAUAGAAAACUCUGCAAAGGGUUCUACCCAGCACCAAAAAGGGUUCCCCAAUGGGGACAAACCGAAGAACCCUGUAUAGUUCUACUUAGCAUCUUUUUUUCUAAGAGUGUGUUCGUAUUAUGGCAUAAAGUCAAAAUGAUCUCAACUAAGCCUUUCCUGAAUCAGGUUUGACAUUGAAAAUUCAACAACCAUAGCAACUGCAAGCUGCAGCCAGAGUCAACUCUCCCACUGGAUCUGAGUUGUCUCAAUAUGUUUACCAAAGCUAUCUGGCUCAUCCACUAAUCCCACCACAUCAAAUAGGAGAGCGAGAAAGGACAUUUUAGCAUUACAUAAGCAUGUUGAAAUACUAUGAAUUCACUACUUUGAAUUAAGGGCAGCAGAGUUAAAAUCUGUUUCCCCCCUAAAGUGGCAUUACACUUGGGAGUAAAGUCAUGUCAGGCUACAAACCAUUUUCAUCAAAACUCCAUUAUUAGUUUUUGUUUUGGCAACAGGCUCUCCCCCUGAUGGCCUUGGCAGAUAGAACACAUUCUCAUACAGUACACUGCUGACAUUUGGAGAUUUGCUGAGAAGUCAGACAAUGUUAGGCCCAUGACAUCUUGUUAACAUGCUGACUCUCCAAAGCCAAUCAGCUCUAACACGCAGCUCCCAACUGAGCUCAAACACUCAGCCCUGUAAGAUCCUGGCUGAGUCUGAAAUGGAACCCUAUUCCCUGUGCAGAGCCCUAGGGCCCUGAUCGAAAGUAGUACACUACGUAGGUAAUAGAUGGGCUUUGGUCAAAGGUAGUGCACUGUAUUAUAGGGAAUUGGGUGCCAUUUCGGACGCACCCCUGUCUGUCACACUGCAGAUGAGAGACAACAUGUCAAUAAUACUGAGAAAAAUUACAACAUUACAAUUCCAAGAAUUACAAUUCUCUUACAAAAUAUACAGUACCUCAAGGCAAUGGUCUUUCAGUAGUUGGCCUACAAAUCUACAUUUAAAAAAAUAAAAGAUACAUGUAUGUUGUCUAGAAGAGUUUUGCCCAGAGUCAUUUCCUACAUAUGAUUUUAUUUGUUGGUCAAUCCACCAAUGACUAAACAACACAUCUACCUAAAUAACAAUGGCUUCAAGAUGUACAGUAAUCUAUGUUUUGAAAAUGUUAUAGUUGUACAUUGUUCUCAUCCGGUUUAUUGACUGUUAGAUUACAUUGCACCCAAAUGAGGCUGGUGAGGGGAGAAGGACUCAUAAUAAAUGGAGUGAAUGAAUGGAAUGGUAUCACGCCCAUGGAAACCAGUUGUUUGAUGUGUUUGAGACCAUUCCAUUAAUUCUGUUCCAGCCAUUAAUAUGAGCCUGUCCUCCCCAUUUAAAGUGCCACCAGCCACCACUGAAAUGUGCACCGUUGGUCAAAUGCACGACUGUAAUAUAUCCAUCCUGGUCAUUAUUGGAAAAGCACAGAUGCUUGACUCCUCCCUGUCAAGUUUAAUCAAAUUGUACUGAAAAAAUCAAUAGAAAUGUUUUUGCUGAAGGAUAUUAUCCGUCCAUGAAUGUUUCUAAUAUUGCACUCUGAAUUAAAAAACAUAAUGUACUUUUUCACAUGAAAGUCCCAUUUGCUUGAAAGUCAUCUGAACUAAUGCACAAGUGUUUUGGCUUCUUCCCAGAUGUAUUAUUCUAUAAACCGUCUGACCAUUUCAGUGUGAGAUGAGAUUAUUUACAACGUCAGAAAAUGUAAUAAGUGUCCGUGUCCUGACCCAUCAUAUAUUGAUCUGUAGACAUGAACUAUGGGGCUGGGCUGCUAGAUGAAACCAAUGAUUUGUAUAAACACUAGAUAACUAAUAGGGUGCGCUGUGUUGAAGCCACAGUGCCUCAUCUUGGCACUCCCCCACCGUUGUAAAAAAAUAUUUUGGAAGCUAUAGAAAUGCGUUUAUUAAUGUCUGCAUUCGUUUUUGCCACAUUUAUUCCAUUACAGACACCUUAAUGCAUACUUGUAAAUUAUAUUAUGUGAGAUAAACAUACAAAAAGACAAAAAGAAAAAGAAAAAAGUAAUUUCUUAAAGUUUUUUAUUACUAAUAGUGAUGUCCCCACUACAACAAAAAUUAUUUAAAUACAUGUAAUUUUGUCCUUGAAACAUUUAAUUGAAAUACUGUAGAAUUCAAUUUAUUGCUAUUGAAGACUGCUCCUACUUGGGAGUGCCAAUAUGGCUUCAAAGUCUCUCAAUAGCCAAUACAUAGCAUCAGCAAUCCAGUGUUAAUAUAUAGUGCAUUCGGAAAGUAUUCAGACCCCUUCCCUUUUCGUUACGUUACAGCCUUAUUUUAACAUGGAUUAAAUUAAACAUUUUCCUCAUCAAUCUACACACAAUACCCCAUAAUGACAAAGCAAAAACAGAUUUUUAGACAUUUUUGCAAAAUUAUUACAAAUGAAAAACAGAAAUACCUUAUUUACAUAAGUAUACAGACCCUUUGCUAUGAGACUCGAAAUUGAGCUCAGGUGCAUCCUGUUUCAAUUGAUCAUCCUUGAGAUGUUUCUACAACUUGAUUGUCCACCUGUGGUAAAUUCAAUUGAUUGGACAUGAUUUGGAAAGGCACACACCUGUCUAUAUAUGGUCCCACAGUUGACAGUGCAUAUCAGAGCAAAAACCAAGCCAUUAGGUCGAAGGAAUUGUCCGUAGAGCUCCGAGACAGGAUUGUGUCGAGGCACAGAUCUGGGGAAGGGUACCAAACAAAUUCUGCAGCAUUGAAGGUCCCCAAGAACACAGUGGCCGCCAUCAUUCUUAAAUGGAAGAAGUUUGGAACCACCAAGACUCUUCCAAGAGCUAGCCGCCCGGCAAAAACUGAGCAAUCAGGGGAGAAGGGCCUUGGUCAGCAAGGUGACCAAGAACCCGAUGGGCACUCUGACAGAGCUCCAGAGUCCCUCUGUGGAGAUGGGAGAACCUUCCAGAAGGACAACCAUCUCUGCAGCACUCCACUAAUCAGGCCUUAAUGGUAGAAUGGCCAGACGGAAGCCACUCCUCAGUAAAAGGCACAUGCCAGCCUGCUUGGAGUUUGCCAAAAGUCACCUAAAGGACUCUCAGACCAUGAGAAACAAGAUUCUCUGGUCUGAUGAAACCAAGAUUCAACUGUUUGGCCUGAAUGCCAAGCGUCACAAAACCUGGGAUGUUUUUCAGCAGAAGGGACUGGGAGACUAGUCAGGAUCGAGGGAAGGAUGAACGGAGCAAAGUACAGAGAGAUCCUUGAUGAAAACCUGCUCCAGAGCUGUCAGGACCUCAAACUGGGGCGAAAGUUCACCUUCCAACAGGACAAUGACCCUAAGCAUACAGCCAAGACAACGCAGGAGUGGCUUCGGGACAAGUCUCUGAAUGUCCUUGAGUGGCCCAGCCAGAGCCCGGACUUGAACCCGAUCGAACAUCUCUGGAGAGACCUGAAAAUAGCUGUGCAGCAACGCUCCCCAUCCAACCUGACAGAGCUUGAGAGGAUCUGCAGAGAAGAAUGGGAGAAACUCCACAAAUACAGGUGUCCCAAGCUUGUAGCAUCAUACCCAAGAAGACGCGAAGCUGUAAUCGCUGCCAAAGGUGCUUCAACAAAGUACUGAGUAAACAGUCUGAAUAUUUAUGUAAAUGUAUGGUUUAUUUAUUUAUUUAUUUUUUGCAAAAAUGUAUAAAAAUCUGUUUUUGCUUUGUCAUUAUGGGGUAUUGUAACAUAACAAGGCUGUAACGUAACAAAAUGUUGAAAAAGUCAAAGGGUCUGAAUACCUUCCGAAUGCACUGUACAUAAUUGGAUGGGACCCAUCGCUUGUUGUUCCAUUAAACAAGCAUGUCAAUACUAGAGCACCAGGAAGAAUACCUCACUGACUGUGGUGUGAUAGAGGAAUGAGACCCACAGUGUGUGUGUGUGCGUGUGUGCGUGUGUGCAUGCGUGCGUGUGUGUUGUAGGGUAAGUGUGAUGGCUCGCAUUGCCUGCAGUACACCAUGCAGCACGGUAUAGAUUUUCCAACACCUUCCUGAACAAACUGCAAUCACAGCACACUUUUCUUUUCAUAGCCUCUAUUCACAUAAAGGGAUAGUUCACACAAAUGUGUAAGCAGUCUAUGGACAUGGUAUGACAGCAAUCAACGCGUUGGUUUUAUUUCCCUGGCACUGUUUGUUUGUUAGACUGGCUACAGGGUAUAAACUAAACCAAUAUGUAAUUUUGUAAUUUGGGUGAACUAUACUUUUAACAAACAUCUCACACAUGAUAGAUAAUGUAAGGCUCAUCACCAGGCGUUUGAAUUAAUCAUAAUGAUGACUGUAUUAAUAAAACAGCCUAACCUCUGAUUGUAGCCUUAUUGUGAUGUCAAGGAUAUGGACUAGUAACUUUGAGUCAGAUCUAAGAGGGGUUGGCUUAUCUUUCUUGAUUCAUGUCUGUCUGCUAGUGCUGCAUUUCACCCAUUUUCUCAAGACUUAUCUGAAAUAAAAAAAAGUGUUGAAAUGUGAAUCCUCAGACUAACACUAUAACCUUCAACACUUUAGAGACUAUUUUUAGUUUGUUUAUGAUGUUGUAUGAAGUCAGCAAAAAACAUGCUUCCAAUCAUAUCGGAUCAAUAUCUCAAAAACAAUAUCUUAGGAUCGUUGUCACACUAAAGAAGGAGCAUGUUCAGUUUAAAAGUGUCCUUUUCCUCCCCACCAAACGAAAAGUGUUUGGAUCCCUCUAAUUAGGGGGAGAGUGCUUCAUGUUUUUUUCCAUUCACUCUUUGUGCCAAGAUGUGUGAUUCAUUCUCCUCCAUCAGUGCCAUUCACUCAGUGAGGCAAUUAUUUAGUUUUCAUUGUGUUCUUACAGUAUUUCUCAGCAUUCUGUAGCUUUCCAGCGCCUUAUUUCCAGCUUGAGUUUUCAGCAAAAGUUGGGAAAGUCAACAUAAUAUAACAAAUUGGUGGGACAAAAUGACUUAAUACAUUUAAAAACAUGUUUUAGUCAUUUAGCAGACGCUCUUAUCCAGAGCGACUUACAGUUAGUGAGUGCAUACAUUUUUCAUACUGGCCCCCCGUGGGAAACAAACCCACAACCCUGGCGUUGCAAGCACCAUGCUCUACCAAGUGAGCUACAGGAGACAGAUUCUAGUGUUCAAAGUGAUUGGGCAUGACAUGACAAACAUAAUGUUGCUCUUUGUCUGUUUUGUUGCUUGUUGUUCAAUGCUCUUGUUUUUUUUUCUGUUUUUUUCUUAUUCAAAUAGUCAUCUUUCUAUAUCUGUGAAAGAUGGUUGGGAUUCAACCCAUUGUUCUCUAUUGUUGAGGCAAUUUGUGAGGCAGAUUUUAGGCGUGUGCUGGUAGCACUCAUUCACAAGUGGCCUAAGGUUGACUGAGAUAUUCAGAAUAUGAAGGGGUCAUGAGGGGUCACAUCAGACUGGCAUGUUCCAGAUUCUGCAUGAUCUACAAAAUCCUAUUUUUGAGGGUUUUAUUCCAAGUCAAGCCUUUUCUCCCUAAACACACAGUGACAUAAACUUCCCACUGGCCACAGACGUCAAUUCCACGUUGCUUCAAGUCAUUUCAUUGAAAAUUCAACCGGUGUGUGUCCAGUGGGUUGUCUUUUCCAAAUCUGUAUUUCCUCCAGUUGUGUCUCUUCAGAAACUGAAAGGAAGCGAAAACAAUUAUUCUCUCAAUCAGAUUGAUAUUUGCUUCAAUUGCGGUAUUUGUCCAAAUUGCAUUCGGCUAAUUUAUAUGAAGAUUCUCAAACUGCAUAGUGAUUUGAAGAGUAUCUGUCUAGAUUACACAAUAAGUAACUAAUGCAAAUAUUGUCUCUUUUUCCUCCAACAGCUUUUACCGACAGAUCCCCCAAAGAAGCCAGACCCAGUCACUUCAGAAACAGUUGUGUUCUGGGGACUGCGGUUAUGGCAGGUCAUUGGCAUCUUCUCUAUGUUUAUUCUAGCAGUCAGUAAGUAUUUCUCCAAACCUGUCAUAAUAGUGUGCCAGACUCAUUCAAGACUAUUUAUGAGAUGAGAAUAUUCACACACAUUCACUUAAGUACCUAUCAAUCUCACAUCAAUCCUCCCUUGUAAUUAUAUUUACAUAAAUCACAUUAAUAAAAUGCAUGUAUAAAUCAGUCAGUCAGUCUGUCAGUUAGUCUGUCAGUUAGUCAGUCAGUUACUCAGUUACUCAGUUACUCAGUUAGUCAGUCAGUUAGUUAGUUAGUUAGUUAGUCAGUUAGUUAGUUAGUUAGUUAGUCAGUUAGUUAGUUAGUUAGUUAGUUAGUUAGUUAGUUAGUCAGUCAGCCAGUCAGUUAGUUAGUCAGUCAGUCAGUCAGUCAGUCAGUCAGUUAGUUAGUUAGUUAGUUAGUUAGUUAGUCAGUCAGUCAGUCAGUCAGUCAGUUAGUUAGUUAGUCAGUCAGUCAUAACUGACUGACUGACUGACUGACUGACUGACUGACUGACUAAUUAAUUAAUUUACUAACUAACUAACUAACUGACUGGCUGACUGACUGACUGACUAACUAACUAACUGACUGACUGACUGACUGACUGACUGACUAACUAACUAACUAACUAACUAACUAACUAACUAGUUAGUUAGUCAGUCAGUUAGUUAGUUAGUUAGUUAGUUAGUCAGUCAGUCAGUCAGUCAGUCAGUCAGUCAGUCAGUCAGAUAGAAAGUCAAUUUAUCAAUCAGUUAGUCUGUCAGUUAGUCAGUCAGUCAGUUAGUCAGUCAGUUAGUCAGUCAAUUAGUCAUUCAGUUAGUCAGUCAGUCAGUCAGUCAUCAGUCAGUUAGUCAAUCAGUCAGUCAGUCAGUCAAUUAGUCAGUUAGUUAGUCAUUCGGUUAGUCAGUCAGUUAGUCAGUCAGUUAGUCAGUUAGUCAGUCAGUCAGUCAGUCAGUCAUCAGUCAGUUAGUCAAUCAGUCAGUCAGUCAGUCAGUCAGUCAAUUAGUCAGUUAGUUAGUCAUUCAGUUAGUCAGUCAGUUAGUCAGUCAGUUAGUCGGUUAGUCAGUUAGUCAGUUAGUCAGUCAGUCAGUCAGUCAGUCAUCAGUCAGUUAGUCAAUCAGUCAGUCAGUCAAUUAGUCAGUUAGUUAGUUAGUUAGUUAGUUAGUUAGUUAGUUAGUUAGUUAGUUAGUUAGUUAGUUAGUCAGUCAGUCAGUUAGUCAGUAAGUCAGUCAGUUAGUCAGCCAGUCAGUUAGUCAGUCAGUCAGUCAGUCAGUCAGUUAGUCAGUCAGUUAGUGUCAGUUAAUCAGUCAGUCAGUUAGUUAGUUAGUUAGUCAGUCAGUUAAUCAGUUGGUCAGUUGGUCAGUUGGUCAGUUAGAAAGUCAGUUAGUCAGUCAGUCAGUUAUUCAGUUAGAAAAUUAGUUAGUUAGUUAGUUAGUCAGUCAGUUAGUCAGUCAGUCAGUCAGUCAGUCAGUCAGUCAGUUAGAAAGUCAGUUAGUCAGUCAGUCAGUCAGUCAGUCAGUUAGUCAAUCAGUCAGUCAGUCAAUUAGUCAGUUAGUUAGUUAGUUAGUUAGUUAGUUAGUUCAGUCAGUCAGUCAGUCAGUCAGUUAGUCAGUCAGUUAGUCAGCCAGUCAGUUAGUCAGUCAGUCAGUCAGUCAGUCAGUCAGUCAGUUAGUGUCAGUUAGUCAGUCAGUCAGUUAGUCAGUCAGUCAGUCAGUCAGUUAGUUAGUUAGUUAGUUAGUCAGUCAGUUAGUCAGUUAGUCAGUUAGUCAGUUAGUCAGUUAGUCAGUUGGUCAGUUGGUCAGUUAGUCAGUCAGUCAGUUAGUGUCAGUUAUUCAGUCAGUCAGUUAGUUAGUUAGUUAGUUAGUUAGUCAGUCAGUCAGUCAGUUAGUCAGUCAGUCAGUUAAUCAGUUAGUCAGUUGGUCAGUUGGUCAGUUGGUCAGUUAGUUAGUUAGUUAGUUAGUCAGUCAGUCAGUCAGUUAGUUAGUCAGUCAGUCAGUCAGUCAGUCAGUUAGUCAGUCUGUCAGUUAGAAAGUCAGUUAGUCAGUCAGUCAGUUAUUCAGUCAGUUAGUUAGUUAGUUAGUUAGUUAGUUAGUUAGUUAGUUAGUUAGUUAGUUAGUUAGUUAGUCAGUCAGUCAGUUAGUUAAUCAGUCAGUCAGUCAGUUAGUCAGUCAGUUAGUCAGUCAGUCAGUUAUUCAGUUAGAAAGUCAGUUAGUUAGUCAGUCAGUUAGUCAGUCAGUCAGUCAGUUAGUCAGUCAGUUAGAAAGUCAGUUAGUCAGUCAGUCAGUCAGUUAUUCAGUUAGAAAGUCAGUUAGUCAGUCAGUUAGUCUGUCAGUUAGUCAGUCAGUCAGUCAGUCAGUUAGUCAGUUAGUCAGUUAGUCAGUCAGUCAGUUAGUCAGUUAGUCAGUCAGUCAGUCAGUCAUAGUAUCGAUGAGCUAACCACCUCCAGCUUCAACAGGAAAUGCAUCGCUGAUGUUGUCCCCACAGUAAAGGUUCGCUGCUUCCCCAAUCAAAAGCCCUGGAUUAACACAGAGGUAUGCGUUAAGCUUAAGGACAGAACUACUGCACACAGAGCUAUCGCAGCCAACCCAGAUGCUAUGGCUGAGGACACGAACGCGUACAAGAAGUUACCUCCGCAGAGCCAUCAAACAGGUAAAAGGACAAUAUAGGAACAAGGUGGAAUCUGAUUUUACCGGCUCCGACACUCGACGCAUGUGGCAAGGGCUACAGUCCAUUACAGAUUACAAAAGAAGACCUAGCCGUGAUCUGCCCAACAAUGCCUCUCUACCAGACGAACUCAAUGCAUUUUAUGCACGCUUCAACAAAAACAACACCGAGCCAUGUAUGAGGGCCAUCGCCGUCCCAGAGGACUGGGUGAUCUCGCUCUCCGAGGAAAUCGUAAGGCUUUUCAUCUGCUCAACACUUGCAAGGCCGCGGGGAUGGAUGGUAUUCCAGGGAGUGAUCUCAGAAUUUGCGCAGACCAGCUGGCAGGCAUCUUCACAGUCAUUAUCAACCUGUCUGUAAUCCUCACAUGUCUCGGACCACCAUCAUUCAUUUUCCCAAGAACUCUAUGGCUACCUGCCAUAAUGACUACCACCCUGUAGCAUUCACAUUUGUAAUAAUGAAGUGCUUUGAAAGGCUGAUCAUGGCACACAUCAACUCCAUCAUCCCAGACACCCUAGACCCACUCCAAUUUGCAUACUGACCCAACAGAUCUCCAGAUGAUGCAAUCUCAAUUGCAUUCCACACUGACCUCUCCCACCUGGACAGGAGGAAUACCUAUGUGAGAAUGCUGUUCAUCGACUACAGCUCAGUGUUUAACACCAUAGUGCCCUCCAAGCUCGUCACCAAGCUUGGAACCCUGGGACUGAACACUUCCCUCUGCAACUGGAUCCUGGACUUCCUGACCGGCCGACCCCAGGUGGUGAGAGUAGGUAACAACACAUCCACCAUGCUGACCCCCCCCCCCCCCCAGGGGUGUGUGCUUAGCCCCCUCCUGUCCUCCCUGUUUACCCACGACUUUGUGGACUGCAGGAAACGGGGGGGCGACGGGCUGCUGUGUACAAACGGGGGGCGACGGGCUGCAGUGUAGAGGGUCAAGAGCUUCAAGUUUCUCAGUGUCCACAUCACUGAGGUCCUCUCACACCAGCCCAGUCGUGAAGAAGGCACGGCAGCGCCUCUUCUCCCUAAGGGGGCUGCAAAUAUUUGGUAUGGCCCCUCAGAUCCCCAGGAACUUUUACAGAUGCACGAUCAAGAGCAUCCUGACUGGUUGUAUCACCGUCUGGUAUGGCAACUGCACCGCCCUCAACCGGGUGGUGCGGAUGGCCCAGCGCAUCACUUGGAGCCAUCCAGGACGUACAUGCCAGACAGUGUCUGAGAAUGGCCCGAAAAAUUGGCAAAGACUCCAGCCACCCAAACAUUGACUGCUCUCCAUAGUCCUGUCCGGCAAGCGGCACCGGUGCAUCAAGGCUCAGAGCAACAGACUCCUAAACAGCUUCUAUCCCCUGGCCAUAAGACUGUUAAAUGGCUAACAGCUACUGCUCUCCCUCUCCCACAGACUAUCCACACCGGCUCUAUGCCCAUCCAACAGGUCUCUACCCACUCUGACACAAACACCUUCACUGUCACUCUUUAUUUUAUAAAAAAAAUUUACCCCCUUUUUCUCCCCAAUUUCAUGAUAUCCAAUUACAAUCUUGUCUCAUCGCUGCAACUCCCCAAAGGGCUUGUGAGAGGCGAAGGUUGAGUUAUGCGUACUCCCGAAACAUGACCCACCAAAUCACGUUUCUUAACACCCGCCUGCUUAACCCAGAAGCCAGCUGCACCAAUGUGUCGGAGGAAACACCGCUCAACUGACGACGAAGUCAGCCUGCAGGCGCCCAGCCCGCCACAAGGAGUCGCUAGAGUGCAAUGAGCCAAGUAAAGCCCUCAUGACUCUGGGCCAAUUGUGCGCCGCCCAAUGGGACUCCCAGUCAUGUCAGGUUGUGACACAGCCUGGGAUCGAACCCGGAUCUGUAGUGACGCCUCAAGCACUGCAAUGCAGUGCCUUAGAGCGACACUCGGGAGGCCCCACUCUUGUGUGUUACAUUUUUAUAUAUAUUUAUUAUCUACACUGAGUGUACAAAACAUUAUGAAUACCUGCUCUUCACUGACCAGGUGAAUCCAGGUGAAAGCUAUGAUCCCUUAUUGAUGUCACUAGUUUAAUCCACUUCAAUCAGUGUCGAUGAAGGGGAGGAGACAGGUUAAAGAAGGAUUUUUAAGCCUUGAGACAAUUGAGACAUGGAUUGUGCAUGUGUACCAUUCAGAGGUUGAAUGGUCAAGUCAAAAGAUUGAAGUGCCUUUGAACGAAGUAUGGUAGUAGGUGCCAGGCGCACCAGUUUGUGUCAAGAAUUGCAACGUUGCUGGGUUUUUCACGCUCAACAGUUUUCCGUGUAUAUCAAGGAUGGUCCACCACCCAAAGGACAUCCAGCCAACUUGACACAACUGUGGGAAGCAUUGAAGUCAACAUGGGUCAGCAUCCCUAUGGAUCGCUUUCAACACCUUGUAGAGUCCAUGCCCCAACGAAUUGAGGCUGUUCUGAGGGCAAAAGGGGGGGUGCAACUCAAUAUUAGGAAGGUGUUCUUAAUGUUUUGUCCACUCAGUAUAUAUUAUUAUUAUUAUCAAUACAUUGUUCGGAAAGAGCUCUUAAGGUGAGAAUUUCACUGUACUGUUUUACAGCUGUUGUAUCCUGUGCAUAUGGCGAAUAAACUUUGAACUUGAAACUUUGAAACUUGAAUAUCUCUUUAAGCAUGGUCUAGUUAAUAAUUAUGCUGUAGAUGAUGUAUUACACCACCCAGACACAUCAAAGAUACAGUUGUCCUGAACUGAGGUGCAGGACAGGAAGGAAACUGCUCAGGGAUGUCACCAUGAGGCCAUUGGGGAUUUUAAAACAGAUACAGUGUUCAAUGGCUGUGAUGGGAGAAAACUGAGGAUGGAUAAAAAAAUAUAUAUAUACAGAAUAUAUUCCAAAACAUGCAUCCUGUAUGCAACAAGGCACUAAAGAAAUAAUGCAAAAAAAAACAUGGCAAAGGAAUGCACUUUUUGGCCUAAAUGCAAAGCCUUAUGUUUGGGGCAAAUCCUAGAGCAAAAUCUGCUUCAGGCUGCUUUACACCAGACACUGGGAGAGGAAUUUCACCUUUCAACAGGACAAUAACCUACUGUACAACACAAGGCCACAUCUACACUGGAGUUGCUUACCAAUAAUUAAUGUUCCUGAGUGGCCAAGUCAGCAAGACAAAGGAGCUGAUCGUGGACUACAGGAAACGGAGGGGCGAGCACGCCCCCAUCCACAUCGAUGGGGCUAUAGUGGAGCGAGUCGAAAGCUUCAAAUUCCUCGUUGUCCACAUCACUAAGGAAUUAACAUGGUCCACAGACACCCACACAGCUUUGAAGAGGGCACAACAGCGCCUCCUCCCCCUCAAGAGGCUGAAAAGGUUUGGCAUGGGCCCACAGAACCUCAAAAAGAUCUACAGCUGCACCAUUGAGAGCAUCUUGACUGGCUGCAUCACCGAUUGGUAAGGCAACUGCAAGGCACCCGACCGCAAGGUGCUACAGAAGGUGGUGAGUACGGCCGAGCUCCCUGCUAUCCAGGACCUCUAUACCAGGCGGUGUCAGAGGAAGGCCCAAAAAUUGUUCAAAGACUCCAGCCACCCAAGCCAUUGACUUUUAUCUCUGCUAUCGCACUGCAAGCGGUACCAGUGUACCAAGUCUGGAACCAACAGGACCCUGAACAGCUUCUACCCUCAAGCCAUAACACUGCUAAACAAGACUGCUAAAUAGCUAAUCAAAUGGCUAGCCGGAUUACCUGCAUGGACCCUUUUUUGCACUAACUCUCUUGCACUGACUCAGCACACACACUGGACUCUACCCACACACUCACACAUACUUACACGGACACCCCAACACACACAUACACACCCCAACACACACACACUUUUUUGCACUAACUCUCCUGCACUGACUCUAUGCACACACUGGACUCUACCCACACACUCACACAUAUGUAAAUUGACACCCCAACACGCCCACACACAUAACACAUACGCCCACACACAUAACACACGCACACAUGCAUACUGACGCAACACACACACACACACACACACACAGACAUACUUUCACACUCACCACAUACGCUGCUGCUACUGUCUAUUGUCUAUCCUGUUGCCUAGUCACUUUACCCCUACCUAUAUCUACAUAGCUACCUCAGUUACCUCGUACCCCUGCACAUCGACCCGGUACUGGUACUCCCUGUAUAUAACCAUGUUAUUUUUACUCGUUAUUGUUAUACAGUCUAUUUAUUUAUCGUGUCACUAUUUCUAUAUAAUGUACCAGUCAAAAGUUUGGACACACCUACUCAUUCAAGGGUUUUUCUUAAUUUUGUACAUUGUAGAAACAGCACUCAAUUACACGGGACAAUCUGUGGAGUUUAGUUUUACUUGGCUAAAGAGACGUUGGUCUCAAUGGGACUCUGCUAAAAUAAAGGUCAAAUAAAUAUCAUGGUCCUGUAAUAUUAUAUGCACUGAAUUGUCAUGAUGGUUAUUGUGAGGGAGGGUUCCAAAUGGUCAUGGCAUCGUCUAUUUGGGAUUGCUUUAUCGACCACAUGAUGCAUGGUUCAAUAAGGGGUGGAGGACAGCAAUUACACUUCACAAGACAAAGAUGGCAUUCUAUUUUAGUGAUAAUCCAUCAGACAUCUAUACAGUAAUAAUUUACCAUGUCACAACAUAGACCGAAUCAACAAAAAGGAAAAUAGUCUGAUAACAGCGGAUACUGAAUAGUGUCACUAUUACAGUUAUAUAAUAGCUGUAAUGUGACACCGUUGAGUAGUGUCUAGUUCAAUAGGUCUUCAGAUGUACUUCAGAAACACGUAUAACAUUCCACAUGGGAAAUACUAUUAUAUUUCAUCUCUCUCUUUCUCUCCCUCUUUCUCCAUUUGUAAGUCAUUACCCUAUGCUGCAUCUUCAAAUGCCGUAUCCCCAGGACAAAGAAGGAGAUUGAGGCGCGACACGCUCAGAGAGUAGCAGCUAAGGACUACGCCAACACACUGGAGACAGUGCCUCCUCUCAACGAGCUCACAGAGAUCCCAGGAGGUAAGUAGGCUAAAGCUCCUCUUAGACCCUCCUCAAUAACACUACGGUGCACAUUUUAGGAAAUCCCUUCUGCCUAUGACAAAAGUCCCUAGGAGGUAGUUGUGUUGUACAUUUUAGGACAUCCCUACUACUCCCUAUGACAAAGUCCCUGGGAGGCAGGUGCGGUGUACAUUUUAGGACGUCCCUUCUCCCUGUGACAAAUGUCCCUACUCCCUAUGAACUACAUUAUAACUUUAUGAAUGGAAAAAAGUCACACACUCAUCUCUCCUUGGUGAAAUAAAUCCACAGCAAGGAGAAAAAAUGAAGUGUGAGGUGUGCAUCCUUUAUUUACCUACUCUACUCUAAGAACUACUCUGACAGGCAACUGCUGGGCGAGUUUUGGAUGCUAUUGAUGAAAUGCCACCUGCUAGGCCUGUUUAUACAGUAGGAGAAUCAUAGCUGUUUGACUUGGAUCACCUAACGUGACGGCCCCUGACAGCUUUUGUAUUAAUUAAUUUGAUGUUUUUCUCAGAUUUCAUCAUAUUAUGCUAAUGGUCAUUACUUCGAAUCAUACGAAGCUAAGAUAUGUUUUCUCUCAUUUCCGAUGAAUAACAAACAGCGAAAUCACAGACCUAUGUCUGACUCUCUCUGGAUGCAAAUGUUCUUUUGAAUUAGUUCAUAUUUUCCCAGUCCUAUCUGACUGAAGAUGUAGAUAGAGUCAACAUACUCAGACACAUAGUCUUGGCCUUGCAGGAAGAUACAAACACACUCUGGAUUAAUGAAUACAGGAUAUCCAAAGGGUCAUUGACUUUACAUUAAAGCUUUUUCCUCUUCUAUGUCAGUGUCUGUCUCCUCCUUUGCAACUGUUCUAUCUUUCAUGCCUUCCUUUUGGCUUCUUCCUCCCUCAAUCCUCCAUCUUCCAACCCUAUCCCUUCCAUUUGACCUGUACCCUUCCUCUCCAAACCCUGUCUUUCCUCCUCUCUUCCUUGUGUUCCUCUCUCUCUUCCUCUUCACUAUCCUCUCUCUCUCUUCAUCCUUCCUCUUUUCCUCCUCGUCCUCCCUGUCCUCCUUCUCAUCCUACUCUCUAUCCUCACACUCGUCCUCCACUCUAUCCUCCCUCUCUUCCUCCCCCACAUCCUUCUCCUUCUCUUCCUCUUCAUCCUGUCCCUUCAGCCCUCCCGGACACUGCAUCCCUCCCGACAGUCUCUGAGCAGGUCCAGGCUCGCAGCGCCAGCAGCAGCCAGCUCCCAGUGGUGAGAGAGGAGGAGGAGCUCACUGACCCCUUUACUCAACCUGAGACGGGAUGACUUUCCUCCCUCCUUCUCCUCCUCCCGGCCCCCCUCACUCAGCCUGAGACUGGAUUACGUCCAUCCCUCCGUUUCCUCUUUCUUCUUAUCUCUUCUCACCUUCCCUCUCUCCCCAUUCCUAUUUAUCUUCUGACAAAGUGGGCAAUCCACUAGAGGGAAUAUUGGAGCAUGCAGCUCAGCAUUCAGUAAUUCACAAAAAAGGUUUGAAUAGCUUAAUAGAAUAGUUCAUUGAAUAGCUCAGCGUUCAUCGUUACUUCCCAGAAAGAAUGACUUGGACAUUGUUGAGAAUGUUGCCUGCUGAAGAGUUACAAUUGUAGGUGUUAAGUACUUGAAAUGGGCUAUUACCUGAUCUGCUCUUUGUUGAUAUACUCAUCCUUGUCAAUCACACAUUGAUUGUACGUUGGACACUGCAAGUUCAGUAUCUGGUAGCCAACUGUGGAUGAUGAAAAAAUAGAGUUGAAUCUUUUGUCAGUGAUGUUGCACGUCUAUGCCUGUCAUUCGUUGUUUGUCAUUCACUAUUUUUCCUUCUCUUUCUCUGACUCAAUCUGUAAGCUUGGCUUUGAAUAAAUAUAGCUUCCCUUUUAUAUAAGCUUAUACAGUAACAACCGUGAUAACCAAAUAAUAAAAAAAUAACCCUGGUCCUGGAGAGCUACAAGGUACUCAGGCUUGUUCUCGACCUAGAACCAACCAUGUCUUAAUUGUUAGUCGAAUCGCAUGUUUUAGUGUUUAAAAAAAUGCCUGCACACCAUGUGUAGAUCAUCCAGGUCUAUGGUUGGUGGCCACUGACA